AUGAAGCUCCCCUCUCUCGUCACAGCGAGUCAAUUGACUUUUCCCCUAACAUUUCAAACCACGUCCCACACAACCAGCAAUACAGCCUCGCUGCUUUCAGCACAAUAUGGCACAACACUCAACGUCGACGUGACGUUCGCCAAUCAGACAUUCAAGCUUCUCGUCGACACAGGCAGCAGCGACACCUACGUCGUCAGAAAUGACUUCAUUUGCAUCAAUCAAACAACCAACCUUGAGAUCCCUCAAGCGGACUGCCAGCACGUCUCCCCAGGCGAGCGGGGUCAUGGCCUACGAAGACAUCACAUUAGCCGGUAUUACUGUCCCGGACAAGCCGUCGGAAUCGUCGACCACAGCAAUCCCAUGGGCGACGGCAUAAACAGCGGCGUGCUAGGCCUCGCCUAUCCCUCCCUCACCUCCGCACAUCCAGGAGGCCAUACCGACAAUACAACAUUUUGGUUCAAUCGUGAAUGCUACAGUCCCUUGUUCAACACCAUGUACGAACAGGGCCUUGUUUCAGAACCCUACUUCAGCAUUGCGCUCGCACACACGCCGCGAAACCUUUCUACGCCAACCUUCGGCGGGUACAUCACUUUGGGCGAUCUACCGCCGGUGGCGUAUGAUCCGAAAUUUGCCAGUGUUCCCGUAGAAAUUUUGGAAAACAUUCCGCCCGGUUUCACCUCUGGCAAGCGCACUCGAUCAUAUUGGGCUUUUACCGUGUCUGCUGUGACAUUUGGAUCCAUAACAAAAGUGGAUCUCACCACGAGCACGACCUCCAUAACUACCAACAGCAUGGAGUUCCAGGUAUUUACAGAUACCGGGAACGACUACAGCUAUCUGCCUGCUGUGGUUGCGGAUCCCAUCAAUGCCUUGUUCGAUCCGCCAGCUAUCUACAAUGAGACGCUGGGAGUUGCUGUCGUCAACUGUAAUGCACAACCACCGAUGUUUGGAGUACAAAUUGGAGACCAGACAUUCUAUCACGAUGGACAGGAUCUCAUUUAUCAGACCGGUGAUGGGUACUGUGUCUCAAGUUUAGUGGCGUCGGAGCGUGUGGCGUUUGAGGGCAUCAUGUUAAACAUUCUGGGUGUGCCGUUUUUGAAGAAUGUGGUGUCCGUUUACGAUUUCGGUAGAAAUGAGUUGCGAUUUGCGCAGAGGUCGGAUUAA